AUGUGGACCCAAACAUCCAGUGGACGCAUCCUAGGUCCCAGCGGCCAGCCUCCUUGGGGCUUGUUCACUGCUUCACGGACGGAGUCUGCGUCAGCGACUCAGCACUUUCAGCAGCAAGGCCGCAAGGCCAACAGACAGCAGUCCAAGUGGCCCAGGACUGCUCACGUACAGAGUCUCAGAGUCUCGGGCUGCAGGCAUCCACCUCCAUCAGGCGCUGACCCAGUUUCCGCCAUCCACCAGGCGUCCUCAGAAUACGGUGCAGGGCUGCCGAGCAGCGAGCAGCAAGCACUGAGGACCGUCGAGCACCGAGCAGCCAAGCAGCGAGCAGAGGGCAGCGACCAUCGAGCAACCGAGUCGCGAGUCUUCUCUGGGGGUGAAAAGGCGCUCAAGAACUUUCCGAAAAUGGACAGGGAGACAAAACUAUAUAUCGAUCGUGUGGACACCUGUCGAUCCGGUGGAAUAAGUUGGGCAGAGAUGACAACAAUAUAAUGUGUGAGGUCGAAUGUCAGAAUUAUUUGUGCUUGUCCGUUGAGAUGGAGAUACGUUAGCUGGCAUGGAGAUUUUUCAGUUAUUCGGGUGAUCUUUGGUGGUGCAGCUACGUUUUCUUUUUGAGAAUUCAGCAGGGGAACCCCUACUGUGUUUUUUUGUGUAUUUUGGGCAUAGAAAUAUCUAGAACUAAGUGUACAGCUUUAUAUGAGAAUAUAUGUUCACUCAUGGAAAGAAUCUAAGUCAUUCUGUAUAACUAAAUGUGACUCUGAUGCAGCCAUUCUGGUAUCGCUGUGUCAUAUUUUCCUCUUGCUCUAUAAAUAAUCAAAAGAAAUUCUUUUCUGAACUUA